AAGAAGAGCUGCAGCCCCUGUCAGCAUCAGCACCACCAGCAGAGACGUCUCCCUCCUCCGAUCCUCUCCUCCUCCUCUCCGUCCACUGCGGAACAUCGGCCUGUUCUCCUCCCGUCCCUCCGCCAGCGGCACACCCGGCCCGCCAUGGACAACUCCGGCAAAGAGAAGGAGGCCAUGCAGCUGAUGGCUGAGGCCGACAAGAAGGUCAAAGCGUCCGGAUCCUUCCUCGGGGGGAUGUUCGGGGGGAACCAUAAGGUGGAGGACGCCUGUGAGAUGUACGCCAGAGCAGCCAACAUGUUUAAGAUGGCAAAGAACUGGAGCGCUGCGGGGAAUGCAUUCUGUCAGGCUGCUCGGCUCCACAUGCAGCUGCAGAACAAACUGGACUCGGCCACCAGCUUCGUUGACGCCGGCAACGCCUACAAGAAGGCCGACCCACAGGAGGCCAUCAACUGUCUAAAUCAGGCCAUCGACAUCUACACUGACAUGGGUCGGUUCACCAUCGCUGCCAAACAUCACAUCACUAUAGCCGAGAUUUAUGAGGCUGAGCUGGUCGAUAUCGAGAAGGCCAUCGCCCACUACGAGCAGGCAGCAGACUACUACAAGGGAGAAGAAUCCAACAGCUCAGCCAACAAAUGUCUCCUGAAGGUCGGACACUACAGCGCUCAGCUGGAGCAGUACCAGAAAGCUAUUGAAAUCUAUGAACAGGUUGCUAUGAGCACCAUGGACAAUCCUCUGUUGAAGUACAACGCUAAAGAGUAUUUCUUCAAGGCCUCACUGUGUCACUUCAUAGUGGACGAACUGAACGCCAAGUUGGCCAUAGAGAAGUAUGAGGAGAUGUUUCCAGCCUUCUCAGACUCCAGAGAGCUCAAACUCUUAAAGAAACUCCUAGACGCCCACGAGGAGCAGAACAGCGAGGCGUUCACAGAGGCCGUGAAGGAGUUUGACUCUGUGUCUCGUCUGGACCAGUGGUUGACCACGAUGCUGCUCCGCAUCAAAAAGACCAUCCAGGGAGACGCCGGGGACCUGAAAUAGACGAGUCUAGAGACGGGGGAGAAAGGGAGGGAGACAGGGGGGAGAAGAAAGAUCAGGGAAGGGGGUAUUGGUGAAUAAAUGAAAGGAAAGAAGAAUGACAUGGCGUUUUUAAGACGUGCUUUGGUGGAAGAAAGUGUCAAAAUGAGGAUAGACGGAGACACAGACAGAUGAAGAGGGGGUAUCAGGGAGGGAGGGUGGGACUGAGGGAGUUUACAGUUGUACAUAUCAGUCUGCAUGUGACCCCCCAACUAAAUAAGCAUCACCUUUAAACCACCUUUAGACGACCCCGUGUCCCUGGUCCUACAGUAUUGCUCUCCUAACACUGGACUGAAUUGUACUUAAAGAGACAGAAAUAACAGGUGAGUGUGUGUGUGACAGAGAGUGUGUGAGAGUGUGUGUGUGUGAUCUCUGCAGUAAGGUAAUUUAUCCACUCUUUGAUGGGAAAGUGUGCAGCUCAUAUCAGAUUUAAGGAUAUAUGUUAUUAAAAAAGGAAAAUAAUGUUAUUUAUGAGAUUACUGAUAUUUAUUGUCAAUACGGAAAAUAUUAUUUAUUGUUUAUUCUGGUUCUCAGUGUUACAAUUCGUCUUAAUAUUUUAGGUAUUAGCCCCUCCUCUCCCCUCCUUUAUUCUCCUUCACCUCCUCUCCUGACCUGUUCUCCCCUCUCCUCCUCCUCUUCCUCCUCUGUCCCCCCUCGUCCUCUCCUCACCCCCCACACCCCGUCAGAGUCAGUGAUAUCACCCAUCGUGACCGGUUUGUGUUCUGGCCAGCGGUUGGUCGGUGCCGUUAGCCACCAGUGCUUACCCCCCGUCACUGCCUCGUUUGUGCAUGUCUGUUGUCAUGUUGAUGUAAGUGUUCUCCGUGUCGUGCUAAUGUGUGAAGAACAUACAUGUAGCCUGGUAUCAUUUGUGUGAAAUCAGUAAAUAUGUACCUCAGAUACCGAGUUGAAAUAAAAACAUCAUUGCUCUGGA